GCCCGGGGUAGGAAACCUAGGGGGUGAUCCUCUUCUUUUAUUUUUUAUUUAUUUUAGUCUAUUGAUUAGGACCGGGAGGAAAGUAUAGCUGGGUUGGUUACCUAGCUGCAUUUUCCCUCCCACCCACCCCUUUGCCUGCAUUCCCGGUUUGGUAGAGUGCCACGUCAGCAACAGUGCCACGUCAGCAGUGCCCCGCCACCAUGACGGGCUCAGUUCUGGGCAUGCCAGGCCAACUGGCCAAUGAGUCCAUUGCCGAGUACCGACAGCGUCUCGAAGCUCACCUCGCACUGAUCGAGGCUGAGGAACAGCGUCAGGCGGCAGCCGAGGCUGCCUGCCUACAAGCUGAAGCGGCGGCAACAGCUGAAAAGCAGCGGCUUCAAGCCGAAGCAGAAGCAGAUACCCAGGAGUUCGUCCGAGGGUCGAAAUUUCCAGUGUGGGAUAAAUGCAAAGGUUCCGGUGUCUGGAGGAUGCUCUCUGUUCGUGAAGGACGAGCAGCUUCUCUGCACACGCUGACUUCUGAUCUUCCUCCUGAUCAUCAUUCUCCUCCACCAAUAGAACAGGUCAUGCUCGUUGUGCAGUGCUGUCCCAAGGGCAUUGAUGAAAAGGAGCUCUCUGAGGAAUACAAGCGGAUGAGUGGUUUCCUUGCAGACCGUGCGCACUCCUGUGACCCUCCCUUGCCAUUGACUGCCCUUGUAGUGCAGCAUUACGACGGGGUUUCGAACUCUGCACCUGCAGACUGUCCACUGAUUCCACUUUUGAUUCCCAAACCCAAGGUGCCUGAACACAUGGAGGUUGCUGAUGGGGAGCCUCAAGAUGGAGAACCCUUGCUUCAUAUUCAUGAGCAUUUGGCUGGUCUCAAGUUCCGUAUUUCCCCCACGGCCUUCUUCCAGGUGAACACGUCUGCCGCUGAGAGGUUGUACGCACUGGCUGGUGAUUGGGCAAAGCUUGGACCAACCACACUCCUCUUUGACGUUUGCUGCGGAACCGGUACAAUCGGCCUAACUCUUGCUCAUCGGGUUGGAAAGGUGAUUGGAAUUGAGCUGAAUGAGGCAGCGGUGGCGGAUGCGAAUGUCAAUGCAGAGAUCAAUCAGAUAAAGAACUGCGAGUUUGUUGCUGGCAAGGCUGAGGCUGUGAUGGACCGGCUAUUACAAUGGUACUCUUCAGAUAUAGCAGCAGUUGGCACCGAUUCAGCGGACCGAGGCGCCGCAGUCACAGCAGUCACUGUUAGCCCAAGGCAGGGAGGAACAGAGGACAUUGAUGAUCGCCGAAAAGAUGACGAGAGUUCGACUAAGACUGUCAUUCUCGCACAAUCUAGGGAGGACAAUGACAUAAACGACGCAGUUCGUGACAAAAGUGUGUGUGGAGCCAGCAGGAUAAAAGAUUUAGAAGCUGAGAAAACCCAGCAGAGGGAGGUCGUCAUUCCUCAGGCGCCGAGAGAUGCUUCGUCCUGUGCGUUGGGACAGCUGAGUCCCGAUGGAACCACUCAGGAUGGAGAUGCCAAGAUGGGACUUGGUGAUCACCCGCUUCGGUAUCUUGGCACCAAUCUCGUGGGACCGGAGGUGGUGCUCUCAAAUAGUCAUAAUGAGCCGAUUGGCAAAUCGACAGGGGAGGGCAUUCACGAAAAUGAAGGUGGUGUUAAAAAAACAGGGGUGCAGACAUUGGAUUCAGCAGUGAAGGACGGGAUGAUGCAGCAGGAAAUGACAGGACCACGUCCUACUACAAUAAACGACGAAACUCCUCGAACAAAUCCCGGCAGUACCCCACAGGGAAAGAAGUAUUCAGAUGUUGUUGCUAUCGUUGAUCCACCACGAGGUGGCCUUCACCCUACGGUUUUGCGCAAUCUCCGCACACAUUCACGAAUUCGCAGACUUGUAUACGUGUCUUGCAAUGUCGAGACGCUUGCAGCGAAUGCCAUCGAACUCUGCACGCCAUUAUUUGACGACGAUGACAAGAGCACUGUCAAGGGAUCUGGAGGAGGUGGUUGGUACCCGAUGCGAGGCCUUGGGGGCACCGGCCUGGCCAAGCGGCGACUGCAGCGCAUGCCGGAUUCCGAGCCAUUCACACCGGUCAAAGCAAUGGCCGUCGACCUCUUUCCGCACACGCCUCAUUGCGAGGUAGUGAUGCUAUUUGAACGGUGAGUUGAUCGCGCUCUUGGUUGUGUGUGAUAUACUGAAGGCAGAAAGAACGGAAGUCCGAGCCGAAAGAUUUGGAAGCAAGCGCACUGGACUGCCAACAAGUCGGCGUGUUUGCGUUUUCUUAGUACCGGAACUGUCCUCAAUUUUUUUUUCAUUUUCCUUGGAAUAAAGUGAAGAAGCGUCACUACACCAUGACGCCGCCAUCCACUUGUGCAGAUGUUGUUCUUAAACCACCAGUACUUGGCCCAGCUAUCGGCCGUGGAAAAGAAUAGAGUAGAAACGUCUCUAGUCGGAUGAAUUUGGUCACUUCCAUAGUGGCCGGUACAUUUCCUAAAAUUGUGGCUUGUUAACGGGCGCGACAUUAGGAAGUACUGGUGGUUUAAAUAAAGUGGCCAACCAAUGAACCAACGAACCAAGCAACCAACAGUGGUAAGGUCCCACUAGCACCGAGAAUUGGAUUGAAUGCCUGAAUCUGGACGUUGUUUGUGGAAAGGUGCAGAAGAUCGAGAUUGCACUGGUUUUCUGUCUGUCUGCGUAAAGCACGUCCAGAUUCAGGAGCUUAACGAAAUGGUGUCAUGGAACCAAAACGAAUCCCUUUUUUUCUUUUUUUCCUUUUUUUUUUUUUUUGUUAGUGGAGGCAUCCCGUUUUUGGGGAAGCAGCAAAUCUCAGGGUGUAGGGGAGUCCUUGGGGGAUUUUUAACCUUUUGUUUUUAAUGAAGGCAUCCUUUUGGG